CUUCGGUCAUUUCUGCCAGCCGUUGGAGGUUGUGGUCGCAGAUAGAGGAGCCCACCGAGCAGGAGGAAUCAUGAAGUUCGUCAGGUUUAUCAUGAAAAACGCGGCUCUGGCCAGCGUCCCCAAACACAUCGAGCAUUUCUCCAAAUUCUCGCCGUCGCCGCUGUCCAUGAAGCAGUUUCUGGAUUUCGGUUCCAUAAACGCCUGUGAGAAGACGUCCUUUGUGUUUCUGAGGCAGGAGCUUCCAGUCAGACUCUCAAACAUCAUGAAGGAAAUCAACCUGCUGCCCGACAGGCUGCUCACAACCCCGUCGGUGCAAAUGGUGCAGAGCUGGUACAUCCAGAGUUUAAUGGAGAUCCUCCACUUCCUGGACAAGAAUCCUGACGACCACAGAGUUCUUGGAGAGUUUGUCGAUGCCUUAGUCACCAUCAGAAACAGACACAAUGACGUGGUGCCCACCAUGGCUCAGGGCAUCAUCGAGUACAAAGAGGCCUUUCCUCAGGACGUGGUCACCAACCAGAACAUCCAGUACUUCCUGGACCGCUUCUACAUGAGCCGCAUCUCCAUCCGCAUGCUCAUCAACCAGCACACUCUUAUUUUUGAUGGAACCACCAACCCUGUUCACCCAAACACCAUAGGAAGCAUCGAUCCUCACUGUCAAGUUGGAGACGUAGUCCAAGAUGCCUUCCACAGUGCUAAGAUGCUGUGUGACCAGUACUACCUCCGCUCCCCGGACCUGGUCCUGCAGGAGAUGAGCCACAAGAAGAGCAAUCAUCCAAUCAGCAUCGUGUACGUUCCCUCUCACCUCUACCACAUGCUGUUUGAGCUCUUCAAGAACGCCAUGAGAGCGACGAUCGAGACUCACGAGAGCAGCAACAACCUGCCGCCCAUCCAGGUGCUGGUGUCUCUGGGGGGAGAGGACAUGUCCAUCAAGGUGAGCGACAGGGGCGGCGGUGUUGCAUUUCGUAGGAUCGAGAACCUCUUCAGCUAUUUGUACUCCACGGCUCCGGCUCCACAGAUCGGAGAACACACAAGACCUCCACUGGCUGGUUUCGGCUACGGUCUGCCCAUAUCCCGACUCUACGCCAAGUACUUCCAGGGGGACCUGCAGCUCUACACCAUGGAGGGCUACGGCACCGACGCCGUCAUCUACCUGAAGGCGCUGUCUACGGACUCCAUCGAGAGGCUGCCGGUGUACAACAAGACGGCUCUGAAGAACUACAAAGUGAGCCAAGAGGCUGAUGAUUGGUGCGUACCGAGCAAAGAGCCGCUGGACCUGAGCAGCUACAAGGUGGCCAAGGCCAAGUGAAGACCUCCCUCUGGCUUCGGUGCUUCAGAUUCUUCGUAUUCCCAACGAACACUUUUCCUCCGGCUAAAGCAGACGGACUCUUAUUUUUGAAUUUUCUGCAGUAGCAUGCUGUCCUCUUUGUUGUGUCGGGGUUUUUCAUUGGAGAGUAAAAGAUAAAAAGCUAACGGGAUACUUGUUACGAUCGCCGGUGUUCGCUGAGAUGGCGGCAAGUUUGCAGCUGAGAGCGAGUUGGAAGAAAAAAAGUUUGGAUACGUGGAGCGGUGAAAAGCGGAGACGGAUUAUUCCAGUUUUUAGAGACUGCAUAUGGAGUAGGAGCAGCUUCAUGAGGGACACGUGUCGUUCAGUCAAGCCUUAUCAUAGCGAUUUCACCCAAAGGCUCAUUUCAGUGAAGUACUUGAACUAUUUAAUCCCAUGUUGUUGAAUGUCCCCAUACUGUAACGAUUUGAACAGACUUUGAGUGGUUUUCCUGCAUGGCUAUUUCCAUUAUUUCAGCCUUUAUUAAACUGCAGUAUUCACACAGAUUCUCAGAGGUCGGUUUCCCUGGACCAGGCUGAAUGUAACUGUCUGUUUUCUGCAUUCGUUUGCAUUUAAAGAGUACUAGACGAUAGGAUCUGCUGCUCCAUAGGACCCAGGAUCUCUCUGAGGAGUGUUUGCCAGAUGUUUCUAGCAGCUGGUGAUCCACUGAGGACAGUCUCUGGUCCAUUUGUGCCAUACGAGGAUGAAAAACGUCCCCGGGUCCAUUUCAUGUGUGUUGAAAAAUCAACAGUUGUUUCUUUUUGUAUUGAAUUCAUCUGAAUCAUACAGUAUGUAAAAAAACAAAAUGUUAUUUUUAUAGCUACACUUUUUGUGACUGAAAUGAUUGUAAAUACUGUAAAUGCAACCCAGAUAAUAAAAAAGAACAACAAACUGAA